AUGUUCUGGCUUCAAUUCUUGUGCUUCUCUGCAGCGUUGCUGCUACUAUCGACCGCGCAACAAUUUUCGCAAUUCACCUAUGCCUACGAAGCGCUCGGUUUGAGCGAGACUUGCUUCGCAGCCGUCAACGCCACGGUUCAAGGAUGCUCUGACCUACUGCCAACUCAUGUCUCAUUCGAUAGCAAUCCUCGGCUAUUAGGAAAAGCCGAGCUAGAGGAGCUUUGCGUGCCCAGCUGCGGCAAAGCGCUCGCGGAUGUCAAGUCGAGCAUCAACGAAGCAUGCGCAACAGAUUCUAUAGUGAAAAACGGCCAGACGUUUCCGGCAACUCUAAUGGUCGAAUACAUGCUGUACAGCUACACUAUGUCAUGCCGCAAAGAUUCCUCCUCCGGUCAGUUCUGUGAUGUUCUCUACCAAAAACACCGAGAUCAGCCAUCGCAAGACCUGGUAUGCUCUGACUGCCAGCUUGGGGCUUGGAAAGAUGAGCUGGAGUCUCCUAUUGGCUAUGACGCGCAGUAUGCAGAGGAAUUUAUCGCACUCACCGCCUCAUGUAAGGCUAACGGAUAUGCCUUUAAAACACCGUCAUAUUCGAUCCAUCAGCCGGUCCCAACCUCCUCACCACCUGCGUGGAGCUGUGAGACGCCGUACGUGGUCGGUGGUGAUGACUCUUGCUCGAUCUUGGCGCAAAAGCUCAAUGUGACGGAAUAUGGCAUCUCCGACUUGAAUGGACUGAGCCUUGAUUGCGAUCCACUUCCUGUGGGCAAGACAAUAUGCCUCCCGCCAAUGUGCAAGAUACACAAGGUCAAGGUGGCGGAUGAGAUCAACGAACUCGCGGCUAGAUACGAGGUGACCGUGGGACAGCUCGUGGCUUGGAAUCCCAUGAUCAGGCUUGACGGCAGUAACCUUUACGACCUUUUCGGGCGUUCAAUCUGCAUCAGUUCCCCGGGUGGAGGGGCCAACGUCGAUGAAGGCAGGCCCCAGAAAGCCGUGUCGGUCCCGGAAAACGCCCACGGAGAAUCCAACAAGAAUUGUGGCAAGUGGUAUACAGUCAAGAAGGGUGACAGCUGCGCAAAGAUCAGUCUGGCCAACAGUAUCUCUCUCGACGACUUUUACUUUCUCAACCCUGGUGUCGACAAGCAGUGCUACAACCUGUGGCUCGACUAUGCCUACUGCGCACAGGCUGUCGGUGACAUAACCGCUUACCCCGGCUACCCGGUACGGGUGCCAUCAACAACCUUUACUCGCCCGGAGCCGACUCCAACUAGCCCCCCGGAAGAAAAGCCACUGGCACCCGGUACCAUUAAAAACUGCUUUAAAUAUGCCCCAGGUUACGACAUAUGGUAUUUUGACCAUGAUGAAAUCAACGCCUGUGACACCUUCGGGCGCAUAUACGACGUUACUGUGGACGCGCUUAGAGAAUGGAACCCAAGCUUGUCUGCGAAUACCUGCUUGUUCUCAAAGGACCACCAAUACUGUGUACAGAAAGAGGAAGUUGAAAGAACGGUCCCUGAAGAGCCAAAGCAGUGGUGCGUUAAGCUGCCCGCCGGUGCCAUGAUUGAGCCCGGGACAGCCGAAGAUUGUAAUUGCUUCUCAUUUAUUCGCUCCUGGGAGGUUGAAUACAAUGUCACUUGUGAGGGGACAGCUGCCGCCGUCGAGCUCGACGUGGCCACCUUCAGGUCAAUCAAUCCGUGGCUGUCUGAAGCGUCCUGCUCUGCCGACUUGGUGGCCGGACUUGACGCAGAAAAAGAUAAAAAGUUUUUCUGCGCUGGGGCUCCCAGUCUUCACCCAAGACCAACAGCCGCAGCCACGGCAGCGUCGUCUUCCGACACAACUUCCAGCUCAACGUCGAUGUCAUCGACACCUUCCUCCGUCGUCGCGAAGCCAACAUUUACUGGCGGCACAGGUGCAACACCUAGCCCUACACAGUCAGGCAUGGCCAAUACUUGUGACCGCUUCCACUAUGUACCCAAGGGCGGCCAGUCCUGCGAAAGCAUCGCGUCGGAGAAUGGCAUCAGCGUAGUCGACUUGGGCAAUUGGAACGCGAUAGCCGGUAACGACUGCACGCAACUGAGCGUGAAUUCGUAUGCAUGCGUCGGCGCUAAGAACUCGUACGGCUUCCAGCAAGACAUGGCAGGCUGGACCCUGUACGGUGACGCGUACAGCGUCAGCGACGGAAACCUGGUCGCGAGAAGCUCUAAUGGUGACAAGGCCAUUCUGAGUACGCCCUGGACCAACUUUGACGCGAGCAUGGACGUCAAGCUGGAUGGCGAAACGGGCGACGCGGGAUUCAUCUUCCGCGGCUCCAACAUGGGCACAGGUGCCGACGCCUACGACGGCUACUACGCCGGCAUCAGCGCGGCUGGCUGGCUUAUCCUUGGCCGUGUCGUCAACGGCGUAUGGAGCCAGCUCGGCUGGUCCAACACGGAUGUGCCCAGGAAUGCAUGGCAGAAGCUGCGCGUGCGCGCCAACCGCGACAAGAUUGAGAUUUACCUGGGCAACGGCCGGACGCCGCUCAUCACCGCGCAGGACAAUACGUUUAGCAGCGGUCUCCUGGGCACUCGCGUCUACUGGACAGGCGCGUCCUUCAAGGGUCUGUCCAUCUUGCCGUCUCGGUUGGAGGAUUUCCAGAGCAUGCCUGACGAUUGGAGCACGUACGGUCGCCCCUUCAACAUGGAACCCAACGGUAUGGUUGUCGUGGCCGAGGGUGAGGCGCGUGCGACAAACCCCACCAAGUACGCGAGUGUUAAGGUUGAGGCAAACUUGUCCAUCAUGAACAAAGGAGCCGGCGAGUCGGGUAUUCUCUUUCGCGCAUCCAAUGUGAGCGAAAGCAGCUACCGCGGCUACUACGCGUAUCUGAGUCUCGACAAUGGCGUCGUGUUGGGUCGGCAGGACGAGUCUGGCUGGAAGCAACUCCGGAAUGCAAAGGUUGAACUGAGGCGGGAGACGGUCUACAAUCUGCGCGUCGUAGCCUCUGGCUCGUGGAUUGCGGUUUACCUGGAUGGUGAGAUGAAGUUUAGCGCCGACGACGCCUCCUUCAUGAGAGGCGUCGCGGGGCUCCAGUCCUCCUCGGCGCGGACGCAGUUCCAAAACAUGUACAUCACCGGCCAGCCAUCGUACCGCGUCAUGGACGACUUCUCCGACGGCACCAUGUCCGGGUGGCAGGUAUACUCUGGCGAAUUCGACGCCUCAUCGCAGGCUCUCGUCGCCAAGAGCGCGUCGGAUGGCAAGGCCGCGCUUGAUAGCUUCUUUUCCAACGUGGCCAUGAGCAUGGACAUUGCGUUCCCCGAUGGCGGCGGCGGCGGCGACGCGGGUUUCAUCUUCCGCGUCGCCGAGCUGGGGCCUGGUGGUGACGAUCUGCGCGGAUACUACGCGGGCCUCUCGCGUGACGGGUCGGUCAUCGUCGCGCGCAUGGACCGCGGCUGGACGGAGCUCAAGAGAGGCAAGACUUGGGAGGUCCAGGGGCCGACAAAGAUGACUGUGUCUGCCGAAGGGGACAAGAUUCGCGUAGUGGUCAAUAGGCAGGUGGUGGUGGACACGACGGACAGCAUGUUUGCGGGAGGUUUGGUGGGCGUCAGGACGUAUCAGGCCGACGUUAGCUUUGACAACCUGUGGGUUAGAGACUUGUGA